AUGAUGAUACCGUUUCGCAGAUGGGAAUUGCACGAGCUACCAGCACUCACACAAGGAUUCACCAUAGAAAUCUGGUCCGUAAAGACAUGUUCUGCAUUGGACAGUCCAAGAUAUGUUAUAGUAUUUUUCCAAACGAAAAUAGCCGAUAUUUUGCAUGAAGACGUCACCUUGUUGGAUAAUGCCAACAUCAAAUCCAUACGAUUGGCUCUGAAUAGCGACUAUUAUCCGCAAGAACGAAUGCUAUUGGACUUUUCCGAAGACCAAUAUGCCGACGCCCACUUCAACUAUACAGAGUUCAACAAGAGCUACCAUAACUGUCAAGAAAAGCGCUCUCUAGUGAACUUUGCCGAAUUCAAAUCCCGACCAAAGUUUGUUAUCGAUUGCUCGAGGCGCCAUAUAGGCAUGAAGUCGUCUACAGUUGACAUAAAAUGGGAAUUGCACGAGCUACCAGCACUCACACAAGGAUUUACCAUAGAAAUCUGGUCCGUAAAGACAUGUUCUGCAUUGGACAGUCCAAGAUAUGUUAUAGUAUUUUUCCAAACGAAAAUAGCCGAUAUUUUGCAUGAAGACGUCACCUUGUUCGAUAAUGCCAACAUCAAAUCCAUACGAUUGGCUCUGAAUAGCGACUAUUAUCCGCAAGAACGAAUGCUAUUGGACUUUUCCGAAGACCAAUAUGCCGACGCCCACUUCAACUAUACAGAGUUCAACAAGAGCUACCAUAACUGUCAAGAAAAGCGCUCUCUAGUGAACUUUGCCGAAUUCAAAUCCCGACCAAAGUUUGUUAUCGAUUGCUCGAGGCGCCAUAUAGGCAUGAAGUCGUCUACAGUUGACAUAAAAACCAACAACGGCAACAACUGA